GAGGAUUGCUCGACCCACCUUCUGCUAAGUAUAACCGGACGCCGACUUCGCCCGAUGUCGUUGGUUUACUCUUUCGCGUCCCGCAAUCUCGCUCGACGCAUUCUUGCAUCGCGAAUUCCACCAGUUCAAUGCAGGACCAUAUUUACCGGGAGUUCAGAUCGCUCCAAGCUUGGAACUGCCCCUGCUCCAUACAAAAGUGGAAUGUUGCCAUCAGUGCACUGGACUAUCGAACGUGUUUUGGCCACUGCCAUGCUGCCUCUCUAUCCGAUCGCCUUGUAUGUUGAUGGACCAGUGAUGAACUUUAUUGUAGUCACUGCGGUCACGAUGCAUUCUUACUGGGGUUUUGAUGGAGUGAUCAAGGACUAUGCUUUCGAACGUCGCUACGGGCCCGCUUUGAUGCCUAUUCUCCGAACUAUUUGGAAGGUGUUCGCUGCAGCCGGUUUCGCCGGUCUUCUCUAUUUCAACUACAACGAUGUUGGUUUCAUCACCGGUGUGAAGAAGCUAUGGGCUAUGUGAACUGUUUGUGCGGCGCUUUGCUACACUGUGUUCCACCCCACCCCCUCAACUAUGCACUAUUGUAUUUGAGCUCUUCCUGUUCUCAUCAGCUAGUUGCUUCCUACAGGUUUUCAUUGAACUCCCAGUUUGCUAGUGUUUGAAAUCCACAAGUAGAUAAUAACAGAGACGAGC